AUGCCCAUUCUGGAUGCAUUGGUUUCUCUAUUCUCCUUCAAAACGGUGCCCACGACGGUACUUGUGCUACUGGCGUAUGUUGCGGUGCUCACUUCAGUCUUGGUGACCGACGAAUUGCCGAACGUCCCAAAGCAUCAGAACGGGCUCAAUAUUAGCAAGGCUUUUACGGACCUACGUGUGAUUACAUCCCACCCACACCCAUACAAUUCGCAUGCGAAUGAUUUCGUCCGCUCCUACAUCCUUUCACGCGUCCGUGGUAUUGCUCAAGAUCACCCGCAUGUCCAUAUAGAUGACGAUAACGUAUCGAACGGCUCAUGGGUUUCAAGGGGAUACGCUGUUUACUUCGAGGGGAUGAAUAUUCUUGUGAAGAUAGACGGUUCCGAUUCAACUUCUGCCGGUGUUCUAUUUUCUGCACACUAUGAUUCCGUUUCCACAGCUGCCGGUGCAACAGAUGAUGGUAUGGGUGUAUCGACUCUGAUACAACUUGUCGAUUAUUUCGCACAAAAUCCACCGGAACGAACGGUCCUUUUCAACAUAAACAACGGGGAGGAGGAUUGGUUGAAUGGUGCACACGCAUUCCUGCAACAUCCGUGGUCGAAGAUCCCUGAUACUUUUCUUAACCUUGAAGGAGCGGCCUCAGGCGGUCGGCCUAUAUUGUUCCGCGCUACAUCCACGUCUCCUCUGCUCGCUUUUGCUGCGGGUCAUGUACGCCAUCCACAUGGCAAUGUCCUCUCCGCAGACGCAUUCGCGCGUGGCGUGAUCCGCUCGGGCACUGAUUACUCUGUGUACACGGAAGGCGCUCAUAUGCAAGGCCUGGACUUGGCAUUCUAUAAAGGCCGCAGCAAGUACCACACCAAGUUUGAUUCGGUGCCGUAUACAGAAGGGGGAGCGAAAAGUCUCUGGAGUAUGAUGGAGGCAGCACAGGGCGCUGGGAUAGCACUUGCUAACGACGUCAAAACACACAACAAAGACUUAGAGAAACCUGUUUACUUUGAUCUCUUCGGCGCGGCCAUGGUUGUGUUCUCGCUCAGAAGUCUCACGACGAUCAACAUUGUGAUGCUGGUGAUCGGGCCUGUUAUGGUCAUCCUUCUUUCCGCCUGCGAAUAUAUCAUCCAGAUGAACACCCGCCAAGGAAGACAUAAUGGUUACAUCCAUGGAGGAGACCGGAGUACAUGGCGUCACUUCUGGGAUUGGUUCGUUGGCUUUGAGUGGUUCUCCGGCUUCUGGAGGUGGGCAAAGUUGUGGGUAGCUUUGGGCGUCACUGUAGGAUGUCAAGCACUUCUUAACUUUGGAUACCUGAAGUUGAACCGUUACAUCGUCUAUUCCUCUCCGCACAUCGUGCUGAUUUCCUCGAUAGCCCUGACAUACUUAAGCCUGUCAACAAUACUCAACACCCCCGUUCGGUGGGACGGCCGAGUGCUACCGGAACAACAGAAACAUACGGUCCUUCUCCAGAUAUACAUUUUAACCUGGCUACUUCUAGCUCUUUCAACAGUCGCUAUCAAGACAGCUGACAUCGGAGGCGUAUAUGUUGUCACCAUAUGGAAUUCUCUUGCGUGGCUCGGUUAUAUACUGAGUGGAUUAGAAGAGAUCCUUGGUGCUCGAGGAACCACCGUUUGGGAGAUACACGCCGAGGAGGCAGAGCGGACGCGUCUAGUGCGAGGUGUCAGGUAUGACGCUAUACCACAGAACGAAGAACACGAAGGGCACCCACAGGAGGUGGAAACCGAACCCACCGAAAUCACACCACUUGUUGCCCAGCAGCGGGCCCGCUCUCGGACUCCUCACAGCGACGACUUGAAGUCCGAAGAAAACGGCGCCGUUGGAUGGUGGAUUCUCCAGUUCCUAGCUGUUGUUCCUCUUCCCGUCAUCUUGUUCAGUCACAUUGGCAUCAUACUACUGGGGGCCCUCCCUCAGACUUUGGCAGACGGCAGUAGUGCCACAGUCGUUUAUUCUGCGUUGUCUUUCAUCGCUCUGAUGGUUGUACUGCCAAUGUCGCCAUUCAUGUUCAAGACGCAGCGUUAUGUGGCGUAUGCAAUGCUUGCUGCCUUCAUUGGCACUGUGGUCUACUCCUUCUUGGCCUUCCCGUUCUCGCUGGAGUCACCCUUGAAGGUCUUCUUUCAACAACAACUCCUAUUAAAUUCACUGUCGGAAGAUUCAUCUACUGGCCGACUGACCACGACAUUGACAGGCAUUCCAGAGUUCUUGGAGAGCAAGAUUCUCCCCGCAUUGCUUUCGGCAGAAGGGAAGACCAUCGAAUGCAAUAUGGCCGCGGACAGACUAGGAUUGACCAGUUGUUCUUGGGAAAGCACACUUAUCCCUUCACCUGCCGCAGGCGGUGAUGCGAAGUGGCUUACAGUGAACGUUACCCGCCUCGAUUCCACUUCGGCUCGCAUAUCCAUCCAAGGGCACAACACGCGAUCAUGCAGGGUGUAUUUCGAAGAGGGCAGUGAGAUUGCUGAGUAUCAAGUACAAGGAGGUGCGCAGGGUGUUCAAGAGGGGUUUGAAGGUGAUAGGAAGUUGAAAGAGGUGAGGCUGUGGAGUAGGACAUGGGACCGCACGUUCGUAGUUGACAUCAAGCGCCCCGAAGGAGUUGAUGGGAUGAAAGGCCGAACCGCCUGUGAAUGGGCCGAGUACGAGAGCGGGAUGACUGGGAUCGAGGGGGUUGAUGGAGCGAAGAUACCCGCGUUCGAAGAGGUUUUGAACUUCCUGCCGAAGUGGGCAGUGGUCACCAAGAUGGCAGAUGGUUUAGUGGAGGUGAUGAGCGGCUUCCAGCUCUGA